AUGAGUGUGUUACUUGUAUCAGAAAGAUGUAAAGAGAGAGAGAGAGAGAGAGAGAGAGAGAGAGGCAGGGAGAAAAAACGUGAAAGGGUGAGAGAGAAGCCUACACUGCGCUUUCCAAGAAUCGUAUCCAUCGUGUGGCCACAAUCUCCAACAGAUCUGGGACAAGAAGUAAGUUCUCUGGUUAACUGUAUCGAUGGAACAUAUGUCAAACUCAAGUCUCCGGCUCAAGGUGAUACAUUUUUCAUGAACCGACGAAGAGAGAGAGAGAGAGAGAGAGAGAGAGAGCGAGAGAGAGCGAGAGAGAGCGAGAGAGAGAGAGAGAGAGAGAGAGCGAGAGAGAGAGCAAGAGAACGACGAGGGGGAGAGGGAAGAAAGAGGAGAUGCUUCACGCGAGUUCUCGCUGACGCUUGAGACGGAGAGAAACCGAGGAACCGUUGGUACAGCCGAGUAACCCGGAUGCAGAAACCGAUGUGAGAAACCGAGGCGUCGCGCAUAAAUCAACGAGAGGAGGCAGGAGGAGAUAGAAAAUCGAGGGACGACCGGCAGCAACCCCAUAUCCCGCUGUAAUCCUUUUACGCUCCGCGCUCCCGAGGAUCCCGUCGACCAAUAACACAGCGUGGCGUGUAUCGACCGGCCGAGCAAUCGAGUCCCGAGGCAAUUUAACGGUAGCAUGAGGCCGACAAGUCCAGGAUCGAAAGGGAUGAUCGA